GGGGUCGAGGCGCACAGACGAGGGGCUGCUGCUCCCGGGCGACAGCGGCGACCUGAGCUCCGCGGGUAACUCGCUGGGCCCCGGUGCGCCCCCGCCCCCCCCGCUGCAUGCGCCACCCGUCGGCCCGCGCCACCCCACCGCCUCGCAUGUUGAGAAGGGCACGGAGCGCACCUGGCACCAAACCCGCUCGUUAGCAGCUGCACUGGAGGGCAUUCAACACUACCUGCAGCAGCAGCAGCAGCAGCAGCAUGAGGAGCAGCGGCAGCAGCAGCAACAGCAACAUGAGGAGCAGAGGCAGGUUGAGGGGCAGAGGCAGGAGCAGCAGCAGCAGCGGCAGGAGCGGCAGCAUUCGGGGCAGCCGGCGGCGGGGGGCAGCAUGCGAGGGGAGUCGGCAACCGGCAUGGAGGCGGUG